GUUCUGACCCUUUCACUCGCACUCUCUCUCCGCUCGCUCAGUGCACUGACGUGUCCCGUGAGGUUCCAGUGCUGUCCGGGAACUCCGAACAGAGGAAUUAACCCGCAAUCCUCGCCUCGGCGGCUUACGUUUCUCACCACCCCUCCCUUGCAAAAGCAAGAGAAAAGGAAAGCUUUCCCUCGCUACCUUAGGCAGCGGACGAGAUGGAAGGAAGCGCGUACGGCGCAGCCAUGGCGGGCGGGGCGUUUGAUCUGAAGAACUUUCUCCAGAAGCCUCAUGUUAUCGCUCGGAUCGUAAGCUGGGUCUUCUCAAUCGUUGUGUUCGGCUGCAUCUCUAGCGAGGGUUAUUUGAAUUUCCCAGUGUCUGAAAAACUGCAUUGCAUCUUCAAUGACAAUGUAGAUGCCUGUCAUUACGGUGUAGGCAUCGGAGUGCUUGCAUUUAUCAUCUGCAUUGUCUUCUUUUCUCUUGAUGUCUACUUCCAGCAGAUCAGCAACGUCAACCAACGCAAACAGAUCGUCAUGGCUGAUCUUGGAAUUUCAGGUCUCUGGACUUUCCUGUGGUUUGUUGGCUUCUGUUUCCUCACCAAUCAAUGGGUGUCGGCAAUUAAGGACCUCCCUAUAGGGUCGGAUAGUGCCCGGUCAGCCAUUGCCUUCUCCUUCUUCUCCAUUUUUAGCUGGGCCUUUCUGACUUUUUCUGCCUACCGGAGGUUUCAGAUGGGUGUCUCCGACUUCUCCGACCGAUACACAGAUCCAUCGAGUGACUACCCACCGUACCCCAAAGUGGUAGACAACUACCAGCAGCCUCCAUUUGGUAAUGCACCCCAGCCGGGCACCAAUGAGUACCACCCGCCCACGUACUAAGCCCGCUGGGCACCCUCCCGAGAGCUCCACCUGAACAUGAGGCAAAAACUGGACUGUGCAUUGACGAAUAGGAAAAGCCACUGUUGCCACAGUCCAAGCUUUCUCCCAAUUUAAGGAUUUGACCUUUUUUUUUCCUUCUGUACCCUUCCCCCAUCGCACUCUUGUCAUUGCUUCCCAUGACUUUAUUAUUUUCCUGCCCCUCCCCCUGACAGGAUGGCAGGUGUUCAGCUGAGCAUCCCCUGACGACACUGGUGGGUUUGAAAGGGAGCCUACUGAGUCAACACUCCCAUUCUGUUGCGAGGAGUAAGUCGAGGCUUAUAAAAGGAUGAGGGCAUGGGAUGGAGUCCAUAACCCCUUCCCUUUUGCAAGGUUUCUUCUAUAAAAGGUCCUUUUUCUUCCAAAGGCAUGAUCUUUUCCAAGCUAGAGAUUUGUCAUCAAAUUGCGGCCUACUCACUCAGCAGUGAAAGGUUGUGUUGACUACUGUUUGGGUGUUGGUAGGCAGUGGUUUCAACCUGGGUUAAUAUGAUCUAGUACCAAUCUUCACAAUAACAUAGUGCCAAGAUAAGACCCACCUUUGAACUUGUGGUUUCUUAGCAAUUCUUUGUCUCGAAUGAGUUUCUGUAUGCUAUCAGACUCCCACUCUUGAUUUCUAUUUCUAAUUUGGACAUGUCAGGGGUGUUGAUAUCUAGCUCCAUGAAAACUAUUCUAUUUCCACUUGAGUUGCAUUUGCUGAGCACUGAGGCCACUAUUAGUUGUCCAGGAAGACAAGCCUAGUCCCAAUGCCAUUGGAGGUUAUCGUGCAGUUGGUAGGUGCCUUUCCUUUUGACAUUGUUCUGUGCCAAGUGCAUUUGCUCUCCAUUGUUAGAACCCAACCUAUCCGCAUUGAGCCUUUAGAAAUGUCGAAGUGCACAGACAGUCCCCACUGUUGUGAGAAGGGUUUUUUGAGCCAGGUUUGAUGCAUCAGUGUCUGUUUGAGCAGUGCUCAGCGUGAAAGGGCUGGACUUUGCAUUGUAGGCUCUGCACCUUGAACUUCGAGUCAGCAUCUCUCCACACCAACUGUGUGAACUCUACUCGGUGCAGACCCUAGUGCUGUAGACCGUAGAUUAGGCUCACAUCUGUUGUUACUAGAAGAUGCUUCUACUCUGGUUUAAUGUGACCGCCAUCAUAGAAAAAGAUCCCACAUGGAUGUUUUAUAAAGUGAGAAGAUGUUUAAUCCUCACCACAAUUCCCUCGGUUUUACAGUAAAGGAAAAUAAAGGCUUAAUGAUAAAGGCAAGGGUGAUAAUGUAGAAGUGACUGGCAAACCAUUACCUAGGGUAUGUGAGACAUUAUCUGCAGUUAAGAGGGAUAAUGUUGGUAGGUGUGGGUAGGUGUAGUGUUUCUAUGUGCAGUGGAGAGUUAGGGACCUUACUAAAUCAUUCAAUGAUACUCAGUCAAAACAAAAAUAAGUUCUACAUUUUUAACAUUAUUGGGAUCUGCAUGUACAAUAAUUGAAUAACCUGGCACAGGGACCUGUUUCUGAAAAGUGUAUUCAUCUAAUGCCCUAAAGCCUUUCAGAGACCAAAACCCUGAUCACUGAAUAUGCUCAGCAUCUCAAACUUUAAUCGUUUCAUUUUCUUUGGUGCCCUAAACCCUGACCCCUUGCUCUGGUGUCCGACACCUACUUUCAUGUACUUUCAUGCCUGGGAGUUUUGAAAUUCAUCUGCUUAGCUUCUGUUGGUCUCUAAUGUGGUUUCUAAGAUGGGUAUGUUUUCUCAUAAAAUGAGUUCAUAACCUCUUUAUUAUGGGGGUGGUAGGAAUUGGAGAGGUCCAUAUCUUCCCCAGUCCCACAACACCUCCUUCCAUGGCAGGCAUAAUUAAUCAUAAUGUCACUUCUUCCUGAUCUGACUUGGCUUGUGUUUAUCCUAUGCAGACUCCAGCCCGAGGUUCUGAUUAUUUCUCUGUUUUUUGCAGUCAGGAAUUGAAAAGAUAGAACUCAUUGUCCAGCUUGUGUCCCAUUAUAGCUCAAUAGAAAUUGCUGAGAUGGGGUAAAGCAAACUUUAUGAAGUCUCUCCUUGUUCUCCCAAACUUGGGUUUGGGAGAAAUUACAGGCAUGUGCCUUUGUUUAUGGAUUGCAUAACCUCAUACACUUUCAACUUGUGACGACAAAAUUCCAAAAGGCAGCCACCCCAAUUUGACAAGAUAAAAGUCCAGAAACAUUGGGCCAAAUACACAUGUUGGAAGUUGAGAUUUGUGUCAGUUUCUGAAGUCUCUGCCCCAUAGAACUAGACAUAACCAUCCUUAGGAAAUAUCUCAAAAAAUCCUUAGGAAAUUGUUUCAAUCUCAUCAUUCAAUACUGUCACUAAUUUAUUUAUAAAUUGUGUCCUUGAUAAAAGGAAGCCUAAAUGAGAGAGUAAUUGAGAAACACCAAACAUAACAUUUUGUAAUGUUCCAUUUUGCAGAUGAUUGGUUUCUAUUGUUGUCGAUCCUUGGGAAUUGAACUACGUGUGGUUCUCAUGUGUUGCUCUUCCCUUUGAGAAUGUGUUUUGGGAGUUUUGAGCAGCUGAGCCUCUGCCUGCUGGCUGUGGUUUGGAUUGUCAUGUGCUGUAACCAGUUGCAUUCUUGUUAAGAGGAAGCUCAUCAAACCGUCCUGGAAGUGAAUUCUAGGGCGUGAAUCUUUCACUGCUCAAAUUAUUUUAUUAACCUGGCAAUGGGGAUUGUAAAUACUGAGUGCAAAUUUUUACAGCGCCUUUGUAGAUUUUCGAGAGCAUUGGCGCACUUUGAGUCACCUUAAGUGUUGGAUAUUGGAGCGCAGGGAUUCCUGGUUUUGCAGGUAUGUGGCAACCCGAGCAAGCACUGUGUAUAUAGUUACAUUUAACACAAGACAGGGGAAAUGGGGCAAUGUUUUGGCUGGGUUAAGAACCAGCAGAGACUAGAGGUUGUGCCUAGUGAAGGAUCUAGUUGGAGAUUAACUCCUUGUUCCACGGCAUACUAUGGUUAUGUGUUCUAAAUAUUUUUGAGGUUCAUAACUUCUCUUAAUUAUGGAGUUUGGGGGGGGGGGUGGAAUGUUCUAUGCUCCAGCUUUUGUCAAUUAUCCCCUUUCUUCAAUGGUGGACAUAAAUAUUUCUUAUGUUUCAGCCAAUCUUCGCCUCUCAAUCAGUAACACGUACUGAUCUCUCUACAUUUACACAGCUCACUGUGGAAGCUUGCUGUGCACUGAUAUCCUGCAUCACAACUAUGAAUAUGUUUUAAACUGAGCUUCAUUGGCUGCAAGACUUUUUUUUGAGAUAAAGCCAGGGAGGAGCUGGGUAAUUGAUUUUUAUUUUGACCUAGUGCAGAAGAGAUUAUAGCUUGUGGGAGAUCAAUAGUGCUGGAGGUUGCAGACUCCCGUACUUGAGCAUCACUGUUCAGAAGAGCGGGUUGCGAAACCUGUCGGUUGAUUCUGUCACAAUCUCGUUCUUCAUUUGCAUCAGGAACAGAAGCUUGCUUGUUCACAUAGAUCAGGGCCAACUGUUCACCUCCCUAUCUCUGCCCCACCCACUAGGGCUGCACACACUUAAUAGCGUCGAUAUCAAAUUGCUUUUGUUUGCUGGCUGGCCAGGACCAUGUGCAUUGAUUAAAAGAAAGAUCAAACUAAUUAACUGUAAAUAGAAACUUUUUCAGCAUUUUCAUGUUAUUCUGUAUAAAAGCAUAUGGUGCCGGAAUCCAAGAUAGACGAAAGUCUAAGCUGCCAAUUUUUGUGUUCCUUGCGAUUUUGACUCGUGUAUGGUUUUAAAAUGUUUCUGUGGGAAGUGACGUCAGUAGCACAGCUGACCAACCACAGUGGAUUUUGUUUUUUUUGGGCGGAAGAUUGCAGUAUUGCACACUGCAAAGCAGUGGAGAGGUGGAAGAGACUGAUUAGAUCGUUAAAGGCACCAAAAUAAUCAGUUGCACAAUUUGUGUGACCUGGUAUCGGGGGAGGGUGAUAUUUCAUUGUUUGAAUCUUUUGUACCUCUUUAUAUUUGCGAUUGCUUCGAUAACCAAAAUCACUUUUGUAAAAGGGUUCUUUUGUAUUCGUUGUACUACUGAAACGGCUUUAAACGAUGGGGUAAUGUUAUUUAGCUUUCGGUUAACUGUGGCAGUGGCUGAUUGAAUGUUUAAACAGAAAUCACGUGCAAGGGGAUGUGUUGUCUAGUGAGCUAAAAAAAUGUGCUGUAAAUUGCAAGUUGAAAAGAUACCAGUCUGGGGCUGAUCUGUCACCCAGUCGAGGAGAUAAGAGGCUGAGCUUGCUAGCUUCAGGCUGAAUCUCUGCCGGAGCUGAACAGGAUAGUGUGUAAUGGGAUGGAAUGGAUCCGAGGAUUAGCCAUGUGUACCCCUACUGGUCUAUAAUGCCAAAUGGUAUUUCUGAAGCGAAGGACUAUUCUGUCACUAUUUGUGAGUGUGCCAUAUAUGGAUUUCACAAACAAAAUCAGAUGAUAUUUAAAUUAACAUGAUGUUCCUCGGUUAUUUCUCGCACUCAAAACAGGAUCCAAAGUGCUAUAGCCAGGGGCAGCCCCCAGUUUAAGCUAACGCUGAGUACUUUUGCACUGCACUGUCUGGGUCGUCGCUCAGCAUACAUAAUGUGCAAAGUAGUGGAAGUCAGUUUCAUUCUGGUUCUGGGCAAGAGUAAACCUCUCUGUGAGGCUUGCAGUAAAAGAUUUUCCUUUCAGGUUUAGACUUGGCUUCCUCCCUCCUAAAGACUUCCCAGCGAUCUAGUUACUACUGCUGGAAAGUGCAAUUAUGUGGGCUUUUUGUAUACUCAAUAGUACAAUGAGCCAGACACCAGUUAGUGCCUUCAGGAUAAAGCAAAAUAAAUUUUAUUUUAAUUCACUUUAUGAUAGAGCAUUACAUUUUAAUGACCUUGUUGCCAAAGUAACAUGGACAAAGGAGUGAUGGUUAAUAUUUUUAUUUUUAACAUGUGUCUAAGUCACAUGGGCUACAUUUAAACUAUCAGUGUCUGAACCAAAGAUUUAAAUUACUAAAGAACAUUGGAUAAACUGGCAUGGGUUUCUUCAAAAUACCUUGUGGCACUUGUUCACCUUUAUGAUGCCUGUUCAUUGUUAAUGGAUUGUAUUAGGGCCCAUGUAGCAGUGCAUUUUCCUCCUAUCCCUUGUGUUCAGUGAGCCUUCUAAAUAAAGCACACAAGGUCACUGUUCAACAAUAAUUCAACCUGCUGUACCAAUAAACUUUUUGUGAAAGUGAUGUCUGGUGUUAUUGACUUCUAUAUUCUAGUGGUUGUGUAUAAUGCUGAUUGAAAGCUGUUCCAAGUGGCUAGUUUCCUGAAAAUAGUGAAAUGUUUAAAAAACCAACUACUGUAUAAUUAUUUAAAUAAAAUACAAAGCAAAUUAGAACUAUAAAAAUACUAUAGUACUGUAAGAUUUUAGUUCCUUAUAGUUGGGAUUUAUCCACCAUGGCUAUGCUUUUGAGCGACUGUGAACAUAGUGCAAAUUCUUUGUAGUUCCUAACUUGAAGUAGUGAAAUAGUUUCAUUUUCACACCUGGAGGUGCUAGACAUGACCAAACCUGAGUGCUUAAAAUUGCAGUGAGCAAAACAGCUUUAAAUUUUGCUAAUUAGCAGUGACAAAAAUUGUAUAUCAGGUUUAUCAUUCACAUGUCAUGAAAUUUUGUUUUUUGUAGCAACAGUAUAGUGCAAUAAUAAACUUGAGUGCAAUAAUAAAUCUAAGGCUCCCUAGUUA